GUGAAGAUGACCCACUUUGUAGACGGUGCUCUGCCUUCAGUCACCUGAUAGCGCUGUGCUCUAAUGAAAAAGAGAUUCCACAGGUGAAACUGCAAGAGAAUUGUACAAACAAUGAUCUCUGUUCCAACACAAACUGGGUCCAUCAUUGGUACAUCUGCCUUCCAUUCCAUGUUUGGCCCAGGUGCAAGGAGAAUACUAGCAGUAGCACAUUCCCACAGUGGAGUGCCAGCAGUGCAUCACCCUGCUCGAACAGAGCCUCCCCCAAUUUAUGAGGAUGCGAUACAUAUGAAUAGAUUCACAGUGGCUCGAAGUGGAGAAAGAGUCCCAGAUUUGGAGCUGAUGCCAGAGGAGAAACAGACAAUAGAUACUGAGAAAGAAGUCCAGGAAGCACAUUCCACAGAGAGCUAAGACUCCCAAGUCAGAUGAUCAGCAAGUCUUCCAAAGAAACCUUCACAUAUAUAUACAGCUACUUUGAUUGCUCCUGUUUUACCAGAACCUCAUAUCAUAUUUACCAAAUCCUCCAUUUUUAAUACUAUAAUGCUAAAAAUGUGCAAAAUAAGAAAUAAAUUGCAUAUAACAUGCUCAUACACA